UCAAGCCGACACCUGGGUGCAACUUUUAUUUUCAGAUUUAAAACCUGCAAUACAAACUUGGAAUGGGGAAGAGAACUAGAAAUCAUGACACAGUGGAAGAUGCUGGUGGAAAAAAUCCCAACAAAAUAUCCCUGGGCGGAGAACCUAUUAAACAUUUGAAGAGCAGUGAAUCCUCAGAAGAAAGAAGUAGUUAUGACGAUGAGCAUAUGAAGAUCAUUAAAACAUCAAGCCAUGGAAAAGUCAAGAAGCAAUCACGAUUUUCUAUCGGAUUUGAUGAACCUUAUAAUUCAGACUGCUAUGAGCCAGUUGAGCUCCCAGAGAAAGGGCGCUCAUUCACAGUUAGUGUCGCCAUUCCAACAUCAUUUUUGGCUGAAGUUUGCCCCAAGAGAGAAAUAAGAACAUAUGUAAUGGGACAGCUGGCAAGAUCAAUCUCAAUAUUUGGAGUUGAUGAAAUUGUUCUGUACAAUGAUCACUGCUGGAACAAGACAUCAAACGACAACCACAAUGAAUACUUAGAGAUGAUGAGCACCAUACUGCAGUAUCAAGAGUGCCCUCAGUAUUUACGGAAGCACCUGGUGCCUCAAAGCCCACAUCUCAUAAGUGCUGGACUACUGAAUCCUUUGGCUGCACCACAUCACCUCAGAGCGCAGCAGUGGUGCAAGUACAGAGAAGGAGUUGUUGUGGACAGAAACGGUAAAUCUGGCAGUCUUGUGGACGUUGGUUUAGGAAGAAACGUUGCUGUGCCAGACAAAACUGCUGAGAUCGGCAUGAGGGUUACUGUGAAGCUGCCUGAUGCUGCACGUGUCAUGGCUUCACCUAUAGGGGAGCUCGUGUCACCGCAAGAACCCAGACUAUUACAUGGAAUCACGUGGGGCUACACAGUUAGACACGCCGACUCUCUUGCUCAAGUGAUUUCGGAAUGUGAGAGCGAUGAAAGGUACGAUUUCAUAAUCGGCACUUCAGACCGUGGAACUCCCGUCCAGGAUCUCUACAUUCCUAAGUUCAAGAAACUUCUCAUUGUCUUUGGAGGGGUCGCGGGACUGGAAGAAGCGCUGUCGUGCGACGCGGCCCUCACCGCCACCAGCCCCGAGGAGCUCUUCGACGCGUACAUUAACGCGUGUAUUCAUCAGCAGACGCGCACCAUCCGCACCGACGAGGCCGUGCCUCUCGUGCUCGCUGCUGUCCUACCUAAGCUUCAACGAUAAAACGUGACGACUGAAUAUUAAAGUGAGAUAUUCCCAAGAUUGGAGCCAUACAUCAAAUUUGGCUUGCUGAAAAUUCUGUACCAUCUCAUGAACUUUGAAUGAAAUAAAUACCUAAAAACAAAAAUUUUCAUGGAUUAAUAACUGCAAUAUAUUAAGCAUUACUAUUGUACUGACACCUGAUGAAUUAUUUGCAUGGAUCGCAUGGGCUAUUAUUUUAGGAAUGGAAUUUUUUCUUAAAUUUCGCCAUUUACAACACUGUAAGUAACUGGAAAUAAAUUGUCUUGGCAUCAUGAGAAUACUUGACAAUUUGAUAAUAAUAAUCACCACAUAGAAUGAAAGUCACUUUGUUAGAGUAGAAAUGCAAGUUCAGUUUUUUGUAGCUUCGUCUCAUCAAAUGUGUUGCAACGCAGUCAGAGACAUUAUAUUUUUGCCUUCUUUUGUUAAACAAAAAACUUCUGUCAUGGUAACAAGUCAAGCUGAGCAUUGAUAAUGCGACAAUUCUAUUAGACUGGCCCAAAAUGUACAACCUUGUUAUCUAAUAGUACGCUUCUCUGUGAAAAUGACUGCUAAUAACUUAAAUUUUCAGUAUUUCAGAAAAAAAGUCGAAGGAUUGAAAUCGUUUGAAAUGACCUAGCUUGCAAAUGCUAGAGCUGCAGCUCUACAGAUACAACAAUUAAGUAAAAUAGAGUAGGACAAAAAAAUCCCUUUACAUCGAUGUCCAUAAUUCAUUUCAUACUCCAGCCGCAAGUUGUUGGGAAAUUCUAGCAAGCACUUUGUCUUGUAGAUAAGAAUGUCUGUGAGUUGUAUAGGUGUACCCAGCAAUUGCAACCGCCAAGCAGCUCAGUUCGAAUACCAAGAAAUGCCGUUCUUCAAGCCACACAACUCGAUCGCAUCUGUGGGACACAGACGUGAUUAGAGACAAUAUCUGAAGCACGAAUACGAAAUAAAAAAUAAUUCUAGCUUAAGCAAAGCUGAUAAAUUUUAAAGUGAAAUUUUAACAGAUAGUGACUUUAACAAGAGGCAUUGUGUAGUGCAAGCCUCAUGGAAAAAAUCAUUGAUUUGAGUUAUCAAAUACCCCUACGUUUCAAGUUUCAUAAAUUUUACUGGGCAUUUUCAUUCAAUUACAAGGUCCGCCUUAUU